AUGAAAAUUUCUAAAAAAGUCAAUAAAAAAGUCAAAAACUUAACACUUACAGAAAACCGUGCAUUGGCCUUUAAGUCUACGGGUAAUUUUUCAUUGGAUCUUUUUGUUAUGAUGGGUGCAAGUAGAGGGAUGUCUAUAAUUAAUUAUUUCAAGAAGGCCUUUAAGAUACAGCCUAAAGAAGUCUUAAGAAUAGUUCUUUAUUCUAGAGAUAUAAAGGAGGGAUUAGGGGAGAGAGAACAUUUUAGGGAUAUUUUAGCUUAUUUGGAAGAAGCUAAUUUUGAUUAUUUUAAAAAGAUGGUUGAAAAAGCUCCUUUUUUAGGAAGAUGGGAUGAUAUUCUUGUUGCUAAAACUGAUGAAGGAUUUAAAUUUGUUGCAAAUAAGAUUAAAGCUGCAAUAGAUGAACAGAUUGUUGAAACUGUGAAUUAUUCGCUUGCCGCAAAAUGGAUGCCAAGACAAGGUAAAAUUGCUUCUAGGCUUAGAAAACAGUGGAAUAUGGGAGCAAGGGAGUACAGAAAAUUUUUAGUUGGUGCUACUAAGGUUGUUGAGACUGAUAUAUGCAAUAAAAAUUGGGGAGAAAUUGACUUUAAAAAAGUCCCGUCGUUAGCAAUGGCUCGACAUGCAAAGGUUUUUAAAAAAAAUUGUCCAGGACGAUUAUUAAAGUAUGUAAAUGACGUCGCGGAGGGAAAAACAAAAAUUAAUGUAUCAGCAAUAUAUCCUUAUGACGUAAUAAAGUCUUUAAGAACUGCUGGACCUGAAGUUGCGGAGCAGCAAUGGGAAAAGAUGGUGAACACCAUGGAUGUCGGAGGUUUUCUGCCAAUGGUUGAUUCAUCUGAUUCAAUGAAUGGAGGAAUUGGAGUAGAUUCAAAAAAAGGUAGCUUAUCAUGUAGAGACGUUGCAACGUCGCUUGGACUUUAUAUUGCAGCAAAGCAAAAGGGUGCUUUUCAUAAUCUUAUACUCAAUUUUGAUGCGUAUCCUCAAUUUUUAGAUUUAAACGAUUUCAAAACUCUGGAAGAAAAGGUAAAAGCAAUAGAUAAAAUGGAAUGGGGAGGUAAUACUAACAUUACUGCAGCUUUUGAACUAAUUUUGUCUGUAGCACAAAAGAAAAAUGUUAAAAAAGAGGAUUUGCCUAAGGCUCUUAUUAUUUUAUCGGACAUGGAAUUUGAUGACGCAGUAAAUAAAUCUAAAGAAGAUGAGGACAAGCUGUGCACGAUUUAUGAAGAUUUUAAAAAGAAAUAUGAGGAAGCAGGACUUGAAAGACCAUUAGUUAUUUUUUGGAAUAUACAAUCAAGAGAAAAGCAUUUUCCAGUUAAGAAGGAUGAGGCUGGUACAUUACUAGUUUCAGGGUUCUCUCCAACAAUUGUUAAAAAAAUUUUCAGCGGUAUGAAUAUUGAAAAAGCUUGUGAUCCCCUAAUGCUUAUGUAUGACGUAAUAUAUGUCCCGAGGUAUAAUUUCGAAUAA